AUGUUAUCUGUUGUACAGUUUGGAAUAUUUGGUCUUGUUCUUGAAGGCAGAUUGGGAGGUAAAGUCAAAUUGGGAGCUGAAGUCAAAUUGGGAGCUGAAGUCAAAUUGGGAGCUGAAGUCAAAUUGGGAGCUGAAGUCAAAUUGGGAGUUGAAGGUGAAUUGGGAGCUGAAGUCAAAUUGGGAGCUGAAGUCAAAUUGGGAGCUGAAGUCAAAUUGGAUGUUGAAGGUAAAUUGGGAUUUAUUAAUUUGUGA